GACGUGAUCGGCUCCUGCGCUUUUGGAAUUACCAUGAACGCUUUGAACGAUGAUAACAGCGAGUUCCGGCAAAUGGGAAGGAAGAUGUUCAAGCCUACAUUUAGAUUCUAUAUUAGGGACACCCUCAAACGAAUGUGGCCCAGCCUUUAUGAGAUAUUCGGUCCCUAUCUGCAGAACAAAGAAGUGGACUCGUUUUUCGUUAAUUUAAUCAGUGAGACGAUGAAGUAUAGGAAGGAACAUAAUGUCUCGAGGCCAGAUUUCGUUAACAUGUUAAUGGAAGUUAAAGAGCACCCAGAGAAAAUGGAUAAUAUCGAAAUUACAGACGC